AUAAUUUGCGGUGCUCACAAUACGAACUCCUAACGUCCUUGUCCACGAUGGCAUAUCCAGUUAUCCACUUUCAUUGGCUCUCAUGAACAAAAAAACGCCCACUCUUCGGACAUCCAUCCAUCCUCACUCCCAGCAACUUCCAAACCUUCAUGGAGACUGCCUUCCCUUCCAAAGCUAGAACACUCUCUCAGGUCUCUUUCUCUGCUGUUGGCCCUCCUACCUUUUAUUCCCAUCGCGUCCGCUUUCUCGGCAGGGGAUAUCAUUUCGGCUCCAGCUUCAGCUUGAGGCCACCGGGACUUCGUUCUCGUCGCAGAUGCCGGAAGCUAAUUGGAAUCAAGUUCCGCACUCAUUCUUCCAGAUCACUUCCUGUAGCGCAUCUAAGCUCAGCUACGGUUGUCGUCUUAGCCUCAUCCAUCGUAAUCUCAGCUCUUACGAUUGUGUUUGUACUAGUGUCCAGAAAGAGCACCAAGGCCAACCAAGCACUGAAUGAGCUAGCAGUGGCAUUCAAUCAUCAAAUAAGAAAUAAAGUGAGGGUAGUUGUGGAUAGAUUUUUUCAUCCUACAGCCAAAUGGAAAGAUAAAGCUAAUGGCAGUUCAUCAAGGAGAAUGGCAGAAGCCAGUCAUGCUGAGCACAGGAUUAUGGAGGGGAUGAUGCAAACCAGUCAGAAUGGUUUGAUGAGAAGUACUGUUAACAAAGUUGAAUGCCCACAUCCCAAUACAACAACUUCUAGAGUGGUGGAUUCUCCGGUCUCAUUAGCAUCUGAAGAUGCUAGCUCAUCGUCCAAAAAAGAUGAAUUUCUAACUACUUCCGAGGCAGAGUCAGAAGCACAUGAACUUUACACGGUGGAAAGUCUACAAGAAAGUAAGAUUACUACCGAUUUGCCCAAGGCUGUACUCAGUUCCGGCUCUGGUGUUUCAUUGACUGCUGCAAAUACUUUAACAGAAAAAGUUGAUGAUAUCCUGCAACAAAGACAUCAACCAAUUGCUGGAAGCAAAAUGAUUACUCACAGCAUUUUCUUCAGAGAACCUGAACGGAAAGAGCUCUACAGAUUCUAUGAGGCAUCUGCUGAAAAUCAGCAAGGAGAUGAAUUUGGAGAAAGGGUAUUGGGAAAAAGCAAAAAUAUUUCGAAUGCGAAGGGAAUCAGCAUUAUACAAUCAAAGUGCUCCAGAAAAGCCUCCAGGUCUCCUGGUCCAAAAGGGAAGAACACGUCUAACAUACAUCAUAUAUCAGAGCAAGUCGAUGCUUAUCAUCACUUCUUGAGGAGUGGAAGAUUGACAGACUGUUUACGGAUUCUUGAAGACAUGGAUAAUGAUGGUUUAUUAAAUACAGACAAAGUUUACCAUGCAGGGUUUUUCCAAGCAUGUAGAAAUGAAAAAGCUGUUAGCGAAGCUUUUCGUUUCACAAAGCUUAUCCACAACCCAACAUUAAGCACAUUUAACUUGCUUUUGUCAGUUUGCGCAAGCUGUCAGGAUCUGGAAGGGGCUUUUCGAGUUCUUCAACUUGUCAAGGAGGCUGGAUUGAAUGCUGACUGCAAACUCUAUACCACCCUUAUAUCUACUUGUGCUAAAAUUGGAAAAAUCAACACAAUGUUUGAGGUUUUCAACAAAAUGGUUGAUGCUGGAGUUGAACCAAAUGUCCACACAUUUGGUGCACUUAUUGAUGGUUGUGCUAAAGCUGGGCAAGUCUCCAAGGCUUUUAGUGCUUAUGAAACCAUGUUAUCUAUGCAUGUUAAGCCAGACCGUGUUGUGUUUAAUUCCCUUAUCACGGCAUGUGGUCAAUCUGGAGAAGCAAACCAGGCUUUUGAUGUUCUAGCAAAAAUGAGAGAGGGAACACAUCCUAUAGACCCUGAUCAUAUUACCAUUGGGGCUUUGCUGAAGGCUUGUCUAAAUACCGGACAGGAUGAUCGAGUAAGAGAUGUUUACAAUUUGAUUCAUGAAUAUAACAUCAAGGGUGGUGCAGAAUUGUACACAAUUGCUGUCAAUAGUUUCAGUGAAAAAGGUGAUUGGGAGCUCACGUGCAGCAUCUUCAAUGAUAUGGACAAGAAAGGCAUCGCCCCUGAUGAGCUGUUCAUCAGUGCAAUGGUAGAUGCUGCUGGGCAUGCCGGUAAACUUGAUGCUGCAUUUGAACUAUUAAAAGAAGCCAGAAAUAAUGGAGUUUACACUGGAACCAUUUCAUAUAGCUCAUUGAUGGGAGCAUGCUGUAAUACAAAAAACUGGCAGAAGGCCUUGCAGUUGUACGAUGAAAUCAAAGACAUGAAGUUGAAGCGAACUGUUCCAAUGAUGAAUGCCCUGAUAACUGCAUUAUGUGAUGCAGAAAAAUUACAGGAAGCUGUGGAUGUUUUAUUUGAAAUGAAGAGAGAAGGCCUACUCCCGAACAGCAUAACAUACUCCGUACUGUUGGUGGCCAGUGAAAUGUCGGAUGACCUGGAUACUGGCCUCAUGCUUUUGUCUGAGGCAAAAAAAGACGGUGUUGCACCUAACCUAGUAAUGUACAGUUGCCUGAUGGGUAUGUGCUUAAGAAGGUUUCAGAAGGCUUGUACACUUGGUGAGCCGGUAUUGUCUUACAACUCCGUGCAGAUACAACUUAACAACAAAUGGGUUUGGUGUGUGUAUCAUAUUCCAAUACAGCCACUGAUUGUAGAUGAUUGAUCUACAGGACAUCACUAGCCUUGAUGAUGUACCGAGAAACAAUUGCAGCUGGUCUGACACCCACAGUGAAGGAGCUUUCACAAGUUUUGGGUUGCUUACAGCUUCCUCGUAAUGCAUGCUUCAAAGCAAGACUAGUUGAGGAUCAUGUAUUUACUUUUGAUGACUCAAAAAGUUCAAACUUAUGCUCAUUGAUUGAUGGUUUUGGGGAAUAUGAUCCCCGUGCAUUUCAGUUGAUCGAGGAAGCUUCUUCACUUGGAUUGAUUCCUUUGGCCUGUCUUAAGGGUAGCCCAAUUGUUGUUAAUGUGAAGGAUUUGCAGAUUCACACAGUUGAGGUUUAUAUUUUGACGGUUUUAAGAGGCCUCAAGCGUCGCCUGGCUGCUGGUGUUAGGAUCCCAAACAUCACAAUUUUGUUACCUGUGGAGCAGUCACAGUUUCAGACACCCACUGAAGAGAGAACGAUUAAAAUUGCGGGAAGGAUAAGCCAAGAAGUCGCUGCACUAUUGAGGAGGCUUGGGCUACCUUACCUAGGGAGUGGAUCACUUGGUAAAAUUCAAAUUAAGGGCAUUUCUUUGAGAAAGUGGUUGCAGCCCAAGGUUGAAUUCCCUUUCAGUGGGGAACCAACAAGUCUGAGCUUCUCUGAGACUCGUCUGGGAAAAGGAAUAACCCAUCAACAACGUAAAAUUCGUACUGGCGAUCUAUCUGUACCGUAGAAAGUUGAAGAGGAAAAUAAUGUCUCAACGGAAAAUAAAUUCCCAGCUGAAAUUGCCUGCCAUGAAUCUCACAAUUGCUGAUUGAAGUCUGGACAGUGUCUCGCUGUACUCUAAGGCGAUUUAACUGGGAAAUCACUCGAAUCUAAAUGGAUUCUAUGUUGUAUGAUUUACUUUUAAUAUGAGUAUCAGAGUAUGGAAUGUAACAAGUGUAUAGUGUGGUAGACUGGUCAUGAUUGUUGAAUGUAAUGUAUUCUCUUUGUAAAAAUAUAAAUGGAAAACUGUAAAAGUGAAUUGCACUGUCAAAAUACUUAAUUUGUCAUUUUAGUCAGUAUUCUCCUGUUUUUUGUCAAAAUAAUGCAAAAAGGUUAUUACAAAUUGUUCACGG